GAAGCUGUGAACAUCGAUUUUAUGUUCAAAUAUUGAAGCGAAAAAAACUAACGCAAAAUUACACGAAGUAUAUCGUAGUUUGAAAAAAAAAAAGAAUUAAAUCUAUUGACAAUAAAAAAACGAACAUUUUAUACAAAAAUCCUGUGUGAUUGUGAUAUUUUUGAAAUUGUGUUGUGAAAAUGUCGGUCAAAUGUGCCAUAUCUCCGCCACAAACGUAUUCGCGUUUGUUUCGUCCUUGGGAUGGAAAAACCCAUCAGGACAGUACAAUAACAUCGACAACGAUGCAAUCAAAACAGAUCAUUGCUCCAUCGAUUAGUCCGCGAUCAAUUAUCGAUAAAAAAAUCGAAUGCUGUGAUGAAAUCUGUGAAAAAGUUCCUGUGAAAGAUGAACCAAUGUUUCGUGAGAAUUGCGAAAAAUCAACCAGCGCUGCAAUGAAUGAACAAUCAACAACGACGACCAUCGCAACAACCGCAACAUUUUUAAAUUGUGCUCCACAAACAAAAUUGGAUAUAAAUCAAGUGCCACCACAUCUACAAACACAAAUACCUGGAUUCUUUCCGACCGCUCCAUUUUUCGCACAACCACCGCCAGCAGCGACAACAACCUAUCCAGAUAUUAUGUUGCCCAAUCUUCCAUUCAUGGGUGUCGAUCCAUUUGUAAUGGAACAAGAAUAUGCUCGAGUUUUGGCCGAAGAAGCGCAAGUUAAAAUGAUGACAGCCAGAAAACAACGACCAAAAAAAUUCAAAUGUCCGCAUUGUGAUGUUGCUUUUUCAAAUAACGGUCAACUCAAAGGACAUAUUCGAAUUCAUACAGGUGAAAGACCAUUUAAAUGUGAUGAACCAAAUUGUGGCAAAACAUUCACACGAAAUGAAGAAUUGACGAGACAUAAACGUAUUCACACAGGCCAUCGACCAUUCCCGUGUCAAACCUGUGGCAAACGCUUUGGCCGUCGUGAUCAUCUUAAAAAGCAUACACGAACCCAUUUUGUUCAAGAUCGUUAUAUGCAAUCAGCAAUGCUUUUACCAUUAUAUCAUCCUUAUCUGUAUGGAUACUAAAUGAAUUUCAAAUCGAAUAGCAUAGAUUUAUUUUUAUUUUUUUGUCUGAACUUUUAAUAAAUGAAAUGUGUACAUAGAAUUCAACUGUAAGAUAAGAAGAUUAAAAUUAACAUUAAGAAC